AAACCGAACAACGGAAUCCGUCUUUGAUUGGUGGUAGUGUGGCUGUGACUGCCUUUCUAUGACAGAUAUUAUUGAUAUUGCUGCCGAACCUUAUUAUCAAGCAAGGAUGGAAAACUCUUUUAAUACGCUACGACACAGAAGACAGACGGUUUCAGUUGACUUGAAUAAGCAAAACUGGUCCUAUAUAAGGUUCAACGCAGUGGGAACUGCUUUAGGGUUCCUGGUGAAUGGAUACAUGUACCAAGUUGGCAGUCUUCUUCUAUCUUUGUACGUGGACGCUUACUAUACUGUAUAUUCCGACUCCACUUUACAGUCAGCACUGGGAACGAGUAUCCUUUAUGGGGUAUUCUUUGGACUUAUUACCUUUGGACUGCUCGCUGAUUUUAUUGGACGAAAGAAAGGACUCAUAAUCUGCUCGUGUUUGGUCAUUUUGGGUUCGAUAUUGUCGGUGUCAGCAAAUGGAACAAGUGUCCGUGGCAUGUUUUGGAUGAUCGUUAUUUCAAGAGCAGUCGUCGGUUUGGGUAUGGGAGGAGAGUAUACUUGCAACGUGCCCAACGUGGUGGAAGACAGUGAGGAUGUAAAUAGCAAAACAAGAGGUCGAAGAGUUUCACUGUUGGUUAUGUUUAUGGAGGUCGUUGGGAAUAAUACUCCAACGCUGUUGCAGCUUAUCCUGAUCGCUGCUGCUUGUCGUCACGUCUAUUUUGACUCUUCACAAAAGACGGGAGUCUCUCUACCGAAUUGUAACCCUCAGGUUGUGUGGAGAAUAUCUUAUGGUCUAGGUUUGGUUCCAUGUCUCAUUGUUCUUGUUUUGCGUGUGAGAAUGAGUGACUCUCAGAUGUAUAUUCAUGACGCCAAACUUCGUAAGAGAGUUUAUGAUGCACUUGAUGCUUACAUCAUUCUUCGUCAUUUCUCUUCGAGAAUGAUUGGUACCAUAUUUAUGUGGUUUUUUAUUGAUUGGAUCAACUACAGCCAAGGCAACUUUGGUUCAGUAAUAUUAUCUAAAGUUAUUGGCUCCUCAUUGUUCAAAACUGCAUGGAUAGCAUUGGCGCAAGGGCUAUGUUUACAAUUUGGUCCACUUUUUGCAGCCUUGGUUGUGGAUCGUCUGGGGAGGCGAAAAACUCAAGUAUUUGGGUGGUUAUGGUUGGCAUCCACUCAGUUGAUCACUGCAGGUGUAUAUUUGCAGUUGGCUGAGAAGCCGGUUGCUUAUGUGGUGUGGAUCACAUUCGUUUUUAUUUUCCAGUAUUUCGUAUUUAUUCCUGUCUAUUUGGUACCUGCUGAAGUAUAUCCCACUCGCAUUCGAGCAACGAUGUAUGGUUGGUCAUCGGCUUUGGGGAAAGUUGGCGGUAUUAUUGGAACGACCGUUUUUCCUUAUAUGUGGAGAGGAUUUUCUUCCACUCAUUCUGAAGCUGGUCACGAAGGACUCGUUGCAUUGCGAAAUAUUCAGUGGUUUUAUGCAGCUUUAGAGUUUCUUGGUUUUGUAUUGGCAAUAUUAUUUGUUCCAGAGUAUUCCAAUGUGAGACUUCGUGGUGAGGAUAAGCGUUAUAUGGCCAUGAGGUUGCGUUAUGCCGCGAAACUUGCGAAGAAGGUCGGUGUAUAUCCAUCAUUAUCGGAAGAAGAACAAGAAGAAUACCGAAUUGGAAAAUAUUCAUUAUGGAAUGUGGCUUACGAAAAGUAUUUUGGAACGGAAAGCUCCUAUCUCACUGCGGUUAAGGACUACAGUCGAAUGCUUCUCGCACGUUGCUUUAUCACAACUGCUGGCCAAGUGAAUUAUUAUUCGCAUUUGCAAGUUUAUUAUGACGAUCGCGUUUUUCUGACACGGAUCAUUCGUCGUUGGAGGUUGGGUAAAGAACAAGCUGAAGAGUAUACGAGGCAAGCCGAGCGAAUGGGUCAAGACGAGGAAGAAGAAGCGGCUGCAGCUAACUAUGUUGGUGACAGCUCAUCUUGUCCUUAUUCUAGUGGACAACUUGCGGAAGAAGAUAAACCACAAAGAGUGAACGAGUUGCAACAAUGUUAUCGGAUACUGGAUGAGUCUCCCAAAGGAGCUUUCAAGUAAUAUGCCUUUUACCUUUUGUAUAUAAUAUAUUUAUAUAUGCAAAGCCGCAGAUACGGAUAGUAUAUACGGAGGCUUGGUAUUUUCUUUUGUGUUCUUUUGUUUGUUGAUGAGACAAGUAAUAAAAUUCUAUGCUGAAAA